AUGUGGUCCUCAAUCAUCCUUACUGCCCUGCCUCUGGUGGCGGCUACUCCUGUCAAGCGCGCUCCUCUUCUGACUCGAGAUGCCUCGGAGGUCAUUGAGGGCAAGUACAUUGUUGUGAUGAAUGGAGGUAGCCAGGUUUCUGCCGUCAAUAAUGCGAUUAGCUCCAUUGCUGCGGACGCGGACUAUGUUUACAACAACCUCGGUGGCUUUGCUGCAAGCUUGACCGAUGCUGAAGUUGACAGCCUCCGCAAUGAUCCUAGCGUCGCCUACAUUGAGCAAGAUGCCAAGGCCCAGAUCUUUGCCACGCAGGAGAACGCGCCUUGGGGUUUGGCUCGCCUUUCUAAUAAGGCACCUGGCUCUACUACAUACACCUAUGCAGACGGAGCGGGUGCCGGUGUAUGCGCAUAUGUUGUCGAUACUGGCAUCGAUGUCGAACACAGUGACUUUGGUGGCCGCGCCACGUGGGUAGCCAAUGUUAUCAACAGUGCCACUACCGAUGACAACGGACAUGGAACACACUGCGCUGGUACCAUUGCCGGGUCUACCUAUGGCGUUGCCAAGAAUGCCACUCUUUAUGCCAUCAAAGCUUUCAAUGCUGCUGGCGGAGGCAGUCUCACAACGAUGAUUGCCGGUAUGGAAAAGGUCAUUGAGGAUGCUCCUAGCCGAAACUGCCCCAACGGUAUUGUCGUGAGCAUGUCCUUUGGUGUCAACUCCAAGAGUCAGUCUGUCAACGAUGCUGGAAAGGCUCUCGUUGAUGCCGGCUACUUUGGCGCAGUUGCCGCUGGCAAUGGUGAUCCCAACAAUGGCAACAGCCCUAUCGAUGCAGGAGGUGUCUCCCCUGCCUCUGAGGUGUCCCUUUGCACUGUCGGUGCCACUGACAGCGAGGAUGCUACCGCUUACUUCUCCAACUACGGCACUGUUGUUGAUAUCUAUGCCCCUGGUGUUAAUGUUCUUAGCGACGUUCCUGGCGGUGGCACCGGAACUAAGAGCGGAACUUCAAUGGCUACUCCUCAUGUCGCUGGUCUGGGAGCCUACUUCCUGAGCCAGGGACAGUCCGCCUCUGGUCUUUGUGAGUACCUCCAGGGCAUUGCCCUCAAGGAUGUCAUCAGCGACGUCCCUUCUGGCACCAAGAACCUGCUUGCUCAGAAUGGCCAAGCGGCCUAA